CCUACCUGCGCAUGUGCAAGCCUUCCCUCGCUUUCCUCUUCCAAGUAGCUUAGACUAAAGCGGAGCCUCCCGCGCCAUCUCGGUGCGCCUGCGUACUGUGACCCUGCGCAGCCCGGGAGGCGGGUCUUAGCUCCAGGGCCCCUUCCCUAGUGGCAUAUGUCCCUUGUCCGGGGCCAUGGAGACAUUGCAGCCACCACGGCGGCGCCUCUGUCUGAAGAAGGGGAAGUGACCUCCGGUCUCCAGGCUCUGGCUGUGGAGGAUACCGGAGGCCCCUCUGCUUCGGCCGAUCAAGCCGAGGAAGAGGGAGGAGGCCGGGAGGAGGCUGAGCAUGAGGGGUCCGGGGCCGAGGAGGUGCAGGGAGAAGCCCCCAGCCCUGAGGGGGAGGAGCGUGCCAAGGGAGAAUCCGAGGACUGGUGCGUGCCCUGCAGCGAUGAAGAGGUGGAGCUGCCUGCAGAUGGGCAGUCCUGGAUGCCACCCCCCUCUGAAAUCCAACGGCUUUAUGAACUGCUGGCUGCCCACGGUACCCUGGAGCUUCAGGCUGAGAUCCUGCCCCGCCGGCCACCCACGCCUGAGGCCCAGAGUGAAGAGGAGAGAUCCGAUGAGGAGCCAGAGGCCAAAGAGGAGGAAGAGGAAAAACCACACAUGCCUACAGAAUUUGACUUUGAUGAUGAGCCAAUGACACCAAAGGACUCCCUAAUUGACCGGAGGCGCACCCCAGGAAGCUCAGUCCGGAGCCAGAAACGGGAGGCCCGCCUGGACAAGGUCCUUUCAGACAUGAAGCGACACAAGAAGCUAGAGGAGCAGAUCCUUCGUACCGGCAGGGACCUCUUCAGCCUGGACUCGGAGGACGCCAGCCCCGCCAGCCCCCCACUCCGGUCCUCAGGGAGUCUCUUCCCCCGGCAGCGGAAAUACUGAGGGUGCCGAGUCUGCCUGCUGGAGCCUUGGCCCACCUUCCGUCACCCAGGGCCUUGGGCAAGAGGAGAGAUGCUCCCAGACUCCCACCACAACACCUUGCCAGAAGGAGGACUGAUGUGUGUGUGUGUGUGUGUGUGUGUAUGUUUUCUCUUGAACAUCUGUUGGGAGACCUGAGCCAAAUUUGCUGAAUCUAAAAUAAAAAAAAAAAUUUUAAAGCAA